GGACGGUCUUUUAAUCAGUCAUUUCCGUCCCCUCCAUAACUGCGACUUAUUGAAGUAUGUGUACGAAGCAAAUUAUGGAGUAGUUAUUGCCACUGGAACAAUUCGAAACUCUUCGCGCGGACGUGCGAGCUUGUAGCCAUGAUGAUCCCAAGGAAACAAAAAUGGACCCCUCUUGUAUUGCUAAUAAACUAUGGACUUGUUAUAUCAAAAAUCUCUGUUGGGGACCACUACUCCUCUCUGGAGUACUGGUCUCGUUUCUCCACUUUACAAUGUCACUACUGAUUCUUCGGUCAAAUCUGGGUGCUCAGAUGUAUUGGGCAGUUGUGAAAGUCCUGACAGUUGUUCAGAUUUCUUAUCUGACAUAUCAACAAGCCGAAGCCCGGAUUCUGGGAGAGAUUGUGACUCAUUCCUUUCUGAUUUUGUGCCAGAGGACGUUCUCGAUUUCGUUGCUGACUACUCGACGCGUCGUCCAGAGGCUGAUUCUGAGUUGCUGUAUGAUGGCUGCACUGAUGCAAACGCGAUUCCUUACUUACCACAACCUACUGACUUCCACAUGCCUCAGUUACUCGGAGAAUCUCUCAACACUGGUUGUUUAAAGUCAAAUUCAUACACAAGUGAUCUUAUCUUGUCAAAUGUUAGACGAAAUGUUCAUUCGAAACGACGUCGUGAGAUUAAUCGUGAGGCGUCAAAACGUUAUCGACAAAGGUUGAAGCAAAAGUCAUUGCAAACGCAACAAGAUCUUAGCCUUGUUAUUUCCGCAUAUGAGCAGUCCAAAUCAGCUUACGAGAAAGCUGAGCAUGCUUUUGAUGUGUUAAAGAAUAUUGUUCUUGAUCUGAUUAAUAUUGUUCCUCGGAAUUGAACCGCUUACUCCACUUUGUCCUCCCAGAAAGCCUGUACUGUCCAAUAUAUUUCUGAGCACUGGUAUGGUAUCUUUUCUGACUAAAUAUGUACUGUCCUGAUUGCUGUGUUAUGUUCGGUGGAGACAUGUCUGUGUUCACUCUUUGAAUGCGUAAUUCUCAGAUAUUACCAGGGUUAUUUAACUACCACAACAAGUGCUUCUUGUGUUUUUGAGUCUUAGAAUAUUAAAACAAUGUACAAGUGUGUCUGGCGAAGUGUCAUUGUCACUUGCUUCGGCUUCAGGUUUCGAAUAUUCAAAAACCAAUAUUUUUAUAACAUGCGGAAGCACUAAAAUACCAAGAAAUGAGAAAACUAGACAAACUAAGACUAAAUAGUCGAAGUUAAUACCAGGUAGUAGGUACAUUCAGUUUUAACUGCAUAGUUAAUUACACUCAUCAGUAAAAAUAUGCCCUCUGAAGCCGACCGUAAGCAAUAAGUAGAUAAGAAUACACAAUUACACUAAAGCAAAGUUUCGUAAUUAAACAAUGGGUGCAUGCGUUUACUUCAUGUCACGGUUAAUCCUGUUGAAAUAUUGGAUGUACGUUUCCGUACUAGGAGACCGGACAUAGAAGUUCGCCCAGUUAGUUUCUUCGGGAGUCAAAAACAGUGGGGCGUUAAGUAUGUCAAUUAUUUACCCUUGUCGUUGUCUUACUUAUUUUGGUUACUUAACCAUUAACAUUCAUCGAAUUGAAUUACUCCCUUUAUAGAUUAAUUGUACUGUCAGGUACAGAAACCUGACUACUGUUGCACAUUCUAGCAAGCUCCGUAAUGCUUGAAAAUGUAAAUAUUAUUUUAGACAUUUAGUUGAGGUAUGCAGUCAGCCAGUCUUUCUUAAAAGGCAGACGAUGUCGACUGAUUUCGUAUAGCUUCUCAAGACAGAGAGGUUACUCAAAAAUGUUGCACUGAGGAAGAGGAACACGAUAAAGAAACAGGAAAUUA